AUGCGUUUCGCAAGAUUGGUUGUAUUCUUUAGUGUUGUGGUGAUAUUAAGUUAUAUAUACAUGUAUAUAACUCUACACAAAAACGUCCCCCAUGAAACUUCCAGAUUCACCAAAGACGAGGAAACUUUUGGUAAACUUAAUGGAGAUGAAAUUCAAGAACUUUACACAAAAGAUUAUUCAAUAUCAGAAAUUGAGACACGAGUGCAGAGAGAAAGAGAAGAGAUCGAACAGCUAUUUGGUUUAGCGAGACGCAGGUUGUCUGAUGUCAUACUUGCCGGGAUAUUUAAAUCAGGGACAGGGACAAUGAGCAUAUGGCUUUCAAGUCAUCCACAAAUUGUUCAAGUUAAACACAUAGUAGGCUACUAUGAAACGCGCUAUAACUAUGCAGAUCACUUGGCCAGCAUACCCGAUAUUCCAAAUGACAAAAUAAUGUAUGAGCGAUGCACAGAAUGUUUCACGAGUCCGAAUGCAGUGGAGAGGGUUUUGGCUGCAUACCCACAGAGGAACGUGAAAUUUUUGAUCAUGAUUCGUGAUCCAAUAGUGCGACUUAUAUCUGAGUAUAUACAGAGAAUUGUCCAGAAGGAUGAAGAUAAAACUUUUGAGGAGGAAAUAUUCACUUCUAAUGGUGAAGUGCAUGCAGACAUAUCACACAAAUAUGUUCAUAGAAGUAUUUAUGUAAUACAUCUCGCAAAAUGGCUGAUGUUAUUUCCACGGAGAAACAUACAUUUAGUUGAUGCAGAAAGUUUCACUCAAACACCUUGGAUAGAACUCGAAAAAAUUGAACGAUUUCUUCAAAUUGAUCACUUCUUCUCGGAGGAUCGAUUCCCUCCUAACCCUGACAAGCCUAAUUUCCGUUGUUUUAUCGACAACUUUGAAUCAGAGGCGCAUUGUAUGGGUUAUCAAAAGGGUAGAUCCCAUCCAAACAUUACUGAAGAAUCAAUACAGAAACUGAGGAAAUAUUUCAAACCCUAUAAUGAACAAUUUUUUACUCUUGCUGGUCAGAGAUUUUCGUGGAGUGUUAACUACGAUUGAUACAGAUCUCACCAGAUAUGUUCCACAGGGUGGGGAUGACUAAUUUUGGUAAAUUGCUUCAAUUUAUUUGAAAUUAUAAAUGUUGUAAAAAGCCAAAAUGUGGUAAGGGAAUAUAAC